GUUAAGUUUUUUUAGGGGAUGGAUGCUGUCAAAUGCGGUUGCGGAUAACGGAGAAAUGUGUAAACCCAGAAUGGACAAUUGGACGUCAUUUAAAGAGCAUGCAUUGAUUUACUCAACCUCUUUUUAAUGGAAGCCCGAUUCAGUUCCAGUCGCAGAACGGAUUAGAAGGACAUUUCUAUAGGAUGAAUUGCAAAAUUGUUUUAAGAUUAUUAACUUUGGUUGGACAUGUUUUACUCUUGGUGCAAGCAAUUCGCUUUGAGACCCCGGGAAAAACCCCUUGCCCAUCGGCGGACGAUACUUGCGUCAGCAUCACCUCUUGUCCCGUUGCCUUGACCGGAUUCCGGAAGGGGGAGCCCCCCAAGGUCUGUGGAUGGAAGAAGGAAAUACCCCUCGUUUGCUGCCCGCAGGACAACGAGGAUGACAAUGAACCGCCGACAACAAGAAGGAAAUCUGGAAUGAUCAGCUCUAUUAGCGCAGAAGGUUGUGGCUUUAGAGAUGUAAACCCUCGACCACUUGAAGCGGAAAGUAAUCGUGAAUCAACGGAUGAUCAACCUGUCGACAUAGAACCCCGAAAUGUCGAAGAAUCCACCAGUCACAUUCCUCCCACUUUUCCAGAUUUUUCCUUCACAUUUCCCGUUAUGUCUGCUGUAGGGGGAGUGCCGACUCCUCACAAAUGGCCUUGGAUGGUGGCCAUAUUUAAUAGCAACAAGCAAAAGCAACUAUGUGGUGGAGCCGUCAUCGAUGACCGACAUGUCUUAACAGCUUCUCAUUGUUUCGCAGGCAGAAGUCUCAAUCCGACUUUGUAUACUGUAAAAAUUGGAGAAAUCGUCCUUGGCUCAUCGAACGUCAGCUAUAAUGUCCAAGAAAUCAAAAUGCACGAGAACUACCGCCCUCGGUAUUAUUACGACGAUAUCGCCAUCAUCCGUCUGGCCGAAUCCCUGCCAAGCGACGUCAUUCCUGUUUGCCUGCCCGCAGAAGACACACUAUCAGGAGGCGACAACGUUACGGUUUUAGGGUGGGGAGAUCUGUCCUUUGGCGGACCAAGCACUAAGAUAUUGCAAGAAGUGGGCGGAUUGAAUGUGGUUAAUAACAAAGCUUGCAACUCCAAAUUUAAAAAGAUCUCAGGCAUUCCGUUUCCAAGAGGCAUCACAGAGACAUUUAUCUGCGCGGGUCUAGAGGAAGGAGGAAAGGACGCUUGCCAGGGUGAUUCUGGAGGUCCACUGCUUCAAGAGUUUGAUAAAGAUUACUGGGUUCUUGUCGGGGUGGUUUCCUUUGGCUAUCGUUGCGCUGAAGCAGGAUUUCCAGGAGUCUAUACCAAAGUAUCUGCUUACCUGCCGUGGAUACAGAAGUAUAUUGGAGCACAGAAUGAAGUCCUGGGGGAAAUCAGGUCCCGGAGUUUUGACUACGUCGAUGGAUUACCUUUAUGGAAGUCGCACAAUGAAAGAGUUGUUUUUCCGGAUUACUAAACUGAAAGAUGAAUACAUGUUUGUAAAUAAAAAAUGUGGAAUGAGGAA